GUGCGAGAUCUCGGGGGGAUUCCGGCUCUCAUUUGUAUUCUGCAAUCCGUUUGCAUUGAUUCCAUAUGGAACCGAGUGUCCCGGGCCCUCGGGAACCUGGCCGUGGACUCUCAGAACAGCCGAAUCAUUCAUGACUCAGGUGCCGUCUCGUCAUUGGUGCACAUCUUGCAGACUUCUCAGGACGCGGGGUGUUUGCAGAGCGGUCUGCGGGCCUUACGCAUUUUGGGCGAUUCUCUAUCGCAUAGACUGUCCAUCUGCCAUCAUGGCGGCCUGGCUCCGUGCGUUCAGAUGCUCUCCUCUCCUAACCGGGAUGUGCUUUGUGCGGCUGUGCGUGCCAUCUGUGAGCUGAGCCGCGGCUGUUCCUUGGACUGUGCCGAGCAGCUGAGUCCGGCUGUGCCGUCCUUGGUGGCCUUGGCCGGUGAAGAGCCGGAGAAGUCCGCGGUGCGUCAGGCUGUCUUUGGGACUCUGUGUAAUCUUUGUAAUCAGGGAGCGUUGAGGCCGAUGCUGGGCAAUGCCGGGAUCAUUAAGCUGCUGAUCACGGAAGCCGUGGCCGUACAAGAAUCACCGACGCGUUGCCUCCCUCUGGUCAGAGCUUUGUGUUUCUGUUGCCGGGAAGCGGUGAAUCGCGUCAGGGUGCGAGAACUUGGCGGCUUAGAACUGCUUGUAGCUUUGCUGCGCAGUCCAUUGUACGGAUCUGUUCACCAUCGAAUUAUAGUGGCAUUGCUCCACUAUUGCCAUGACAACGCGGCCCUGUCUCUGCUCAGUCUCGGCGGCCUGGCUCCUCUGUUAGCCGGACGAUUAGAGGAAGUGGCCCGGACUGCUGAGGAAAGAGGAGGUGCGCAGAGGGAUGCCCCCCAUGAAGCCGAGGAACGAGGUUCUGCUUCUUAUGACUUCCCACCAGAGCCAACAACCAAGAAGGAACCAGGAGGGUCCUCUGAGGAGAGCCUGAGGUCUUGGCUCUUAUCUGAGGGUUACAUCAAUAGUUUGGAGGAUCUUCCUCCUGAUUGGGCGAUGGAGAACAGAGAGGAAUCCACCAAGACAAUGAAGAGGACGCCCAUCCCCCCAAUGUCCUGCCAGUCCCCCAUACAAGGAAUCUUCCCGUCCCUGGUGGGGCCCCGGGUCCCGGCACCUCCUGAGGUCUAUGGGCCCGAGUUUCCCGUCUUGCUUCUACUCUCCCGCUUCUCUCACUUGUCUGAUCCCGCCUCUUCUUUGGUCUCUCAUCCUGUAUUAAAGGGUCUUCUGACCUAUGUGACCUUCCACCCCAAUCCCUCCAAUCGAGCGGCUCGUCUCCUGCAGCGCCUGACGUGUGACCCCUUGUGCCUGGAAGCUUUUAUCCGGACUGGAAGUAUCUGCACUUUAAGAACCCGAUUACUUCUUCAUGAGUCUCCCGAUGGAGAGGACGAGGAGAGGAGCCGGCACCCAGAAAGAGACCGAGAACUAGGUCACAUUCUGCUGCGCAAUCUUUGCAUCCAGGCGGAAUCCCCCUUUGGCGUGGGACUGAUCACUCACAUGUUGGUGUCGGGUAUUCCGAGUGACCGGCAGCAGUGCGCCCUCUGCCUGCCAUUUAUUUACAGGAAGGAUUCUCCUCAGCGCCAGAACCUGCUGGGCGGAGCCAUUGGUCUCGUGUUGGAGCCGUUGAUGGUCUCGGUGGAACCCGAAUACGUUUUCCAUGCUUCCGAAUGUCUGUCCUCUAUACUCGCACCUCACGCUUCACCGCCACUCCCCGAAAGCUGCCCUCUAAUUGCCCCCGCCUGCCGUUACCUGGAACUUUGCUCUCAGGGCAGAGGGGGGGAUGUUGUGUUUGUACUGGACGGGGGCGAACGGCUGGAAGGUCGGCGAGAUUUGGUUUCUACAAGUUGUGAGGUUUUCCGUGCGAUGUUACAAGGCGGAUACGCGGAGUCCCAACAACGCGAGGUACAUGUGCGAGAGGUUCCUCUCUGCGCCUUCCUACCCUUGCUACAUUAUCUUCAUGGCUGCUCCCAAGAUUCAUCGUGCCCUGCGUUGCAGAGAUUGCGGGACGUAGUACCAGACCAAGAGCUGGACCAAUCGCCUCUGGCCUCAACAUUGGCCGCAGCGGGACGAUUCAUCUUACCUGACCUACAGUGUGUGCUGGAGACCACCGUGCGCGACGCUCUGCUGACCCUGGACAGCCUGCCCGCCAUUUAUACCUUUGCCGAGGUGCAUGAGAGUGCCCAGCUAAGGAGAGAUUGUUGUCUGUACCUCCUGCAAAGACGGCACCCACCCCGCAGACGGGCACGUACCCUCCAUCAGCUAUGUGAAAGAGCGCAAGACAAGCGGCAGCUCUGCCAACAUCUCCAGCAUGUGCUUCAAGGGAGAGACUGA